CCCGUGUCCCCAGGCCGUGGUGGUGCCUCCAUCUACGGGAAGCAGUUUGAGGAUGAGCUGCACCCAGAGCUGAAGUUCACCGGUGCUGGCAUCUUGGCCAUGGCCAACGCGGGGCCGGACACCAACGGCAGCCAGUUCUUCCUGACGCUGGGCCCGGCGCAGUGGCUGGACGGGAAGCACAGCAUCUUCGGGAGGGUCUGCCAGGGCAUGGGGGUCCUGGGGCGCCUGGCCAUGGUGGAGACCAACGCCCAAGACCGACCCCUCGAUGAUGUCAAAGUCAUCAAGGCUUUUCCUUCAGGGUAG